GGCUAUGUUGUGUGAAGUUAGUAAUAAUGCCUGUAUAUUACUUAACUAAGUUAACAUUAGCUUAUGAUGCAAGGUUGUCUAUAUGCAUUAACGUUACAUGGAAAAGCAGUCAGUUAACGCUUGUAUUAAAAUACAUCCAUGAUGCAACAUAUUUGACGUAACAAUAAUUCCCAACUCGAGCGUAAUUAAUCAGGCACGCCAUGAAACUUUAAACUUGUUUCACUAACACUUAAAAUCGCACUUGGUGCAUUUGUGAGUUGUUCUGCAUGCAUUCGCAUUCAUUGAGACUGAUCUGACCCCAGACAAAUGGGCCCUGCCUGUCGAUGAGGGCGUGAGCGGAGUCAAGAGAGGAUGAAGGAGGAUGAGAUUAAUGAAUACAGACUGUCAACCCGUAUUGAGGCAAUUUUUAGAAAAAUCCACCCGAGACUGAAAGCACAAGAUGUUUCUCAACAUCGAAGUGUCCCACCCAAAUUAUUCACAUCCUGGAAACACACGGGUAACUCCUCUGUGGACGGUAACAAAACGGAUGUUUCUCAUUGACAUUUUGAUCUUAAUCUUCAAAAGAUCCUGUUUACUGUAAAUUAAACUUGAAUAUAAUUUGGUCUCUCGCUGCGGGCAAGACCAAACUACAAAGUUAUUGUAUCGUUUGAUUACAGAACUGGAGGCUGGACAUUCGACAGUCUCCGAUGAGUAGUGAUGUGUCGUUUGUGAACGAUUCGUUCAUUUUGAACGAGUCCUUACAAAGACUUGGGAGUAACGAGUCCUCGCGUAGAGAGAUUUGUUCUUUCCCGACUGGGUCUUUGACGCGACCAGAAUAGGGGGAGACCAUAGGAGUUCCAGAAACUGCAAGCACAGGGCACACACUCGCAGUCCCAGGCUCCCGGGAGACAUACAGCUUCAACAUAUUGAUGUGACACACGUGAGUCUUACGACGUCUGUCUGGCGUACCAACAGCAUAAUCAGUGUCACUAAUCUGGGACUCUACCUCUUAAGGCCCCGAAAACCUAGCUGGAGGGCGGACCCAAGAACCGGCAACAACAGCAAGACUAAGUCACCUGCCUGAAAUGAGCGGUGAACUGACUUUCGGUCAUAACGAGUCUUCAUCUUCGACUGAGCUGACAAUAGAGCUUCCUGAGAAGAAGCACAAGCCUUGUGCAAGCGUUCACGAAAUGCAUACAUAGUCGAGCACAUUGUCUUGCGGUUCAGUGGUCUCUGCGCCCCACCUCCCACCUGUCACUCUGGAGUAGUUUCACGCGCUGCGAACAAAAGCUGUGGGAGACCAUCAUCCCACUCUCGAGCAGAAUAAAAACAACAAGUUCAGAACAUUGACCUCAGCGUCUGAUGGAAUCUCUCCAGAGCCCCUUGAGGUUGUGGAUAAUAAGCACUGGAAACGGAACGGAAACGGAACGCACUCGUUUCAAUUCAUGGUUCUGAAAGUCUUGCGUGUGUUGCCGAGCAAUUCACCGCCACGACAACAGACAUGGCAAUGAAAAGGUUACCGUUACCCAGGCACCACGUACCUGUAGAGAUUAUUCUGGAAGGAGAGCAUGAGACAGUCAUAGCUGCUGGACACAAACACCUGACCUCAUUGAACUUCCAAAAUACGACCUCUGUGGAAAUAAGCGUCCCUUGGUCCGACCCAAGACCGAGUGAAGAUCGCAACUUUAACAUCACGGUCGUCCACAAAAGGGAAGCAGACAACGUGUUUUUUCUGUGCGGGACCAAUGGCAUGAAGACGCUGUGCUGUGACAUGAAUCUAUCAGAGCAGACACCCAGGUGCCUGCCCUCUCAAAAUAAGAGGAACAUAAAAGACAGCAUACGGGAAUUUGUCAUAAAGGAAGGUGAACCAUUUGCCCUUGUGGAUUCCCCAGACAGUGAUCUCUACAUUACAUACUCUGGAUCCCAAGAGAAUGUUGGCAUCUACAAGUUCGGGAAACACCGAAUUGCUCCGGGAAGACACAGUAAAGAGCAGCACUAUGUGGGUUUGGUGCUCAGCAGAGAGAAAGAGCCAGAUAAGAGCAAAGUCUAUGCCUUCUAUAGGGAGAAAAACAAAGACCAAGGCAUGUACAGUGAAAUGUGGCUCGCCUUUGUGACCCGGGUUUGCACGGUGGACCGUGGCGGAUCUAAGAACAUUCUGCAGUUCAGCUGGACGUCCCAGAUGAAUGCCAGGCUCUCCUGUGGGCACGCUGACAGCAGACAGCAUUUCUCUGAGCUGGUAGACGUGACUACUGUGCACGCAGAGCAGUGGGAGCAAACCAGAAUUUAUGCACUCUUCAGAAAUGAAUGGGGCAUGAGUGCCGUGUGUGUCUACACCAUAGAAGACAUUGAACAGAUCUUCAAAACCUCCCCAUUUAAAGACGCGGACGAGCAAACAGGCCGGCCAAGAGAGUGCGUUGCAGACUCAACAAAUAUUCCAAAAAACGUCCUGAAGAUGAUCCAGAUGAAUUCGGAGAUGAAGGAAAGUGUGCAGCCUGUGGACAACUCUGGCCCGCUGCUCUCUAAUCACCACCUCUACACUCACAUCCACGUGCACGGCUCGCCGAACAACCGCCACCCCACCGUCCUGUUUCUGUCUCUGAAUAAUGGAGCGAUUCAUAAAGUGAUGCAAGAUGAAAGUCGGACAUUUGUCAUCGCUGAGUAUCAACCUUUCAACCACAGAGCCCACGUCGUCAGCAUCCGCCUGGACCCCCCCUCUAGGAAGCUGUAUGUGAGCUCCAGAACUGAAGUGGUCCAACUGAAUGUGGCAAACUGUUCCCAGUAUGGGGACAGCUGUGAGCUGUGUGUCUUGGCCAGAGAUCCCUACUGCGGCUGGGACGGCACCCGCUGCACCCCUGAGACCGAAGGCACACUGCAGGAUCUGACCCAAGGGAACCAUGACAUCUGCGCAUCGAAGGUUCAGCCUCAUCCAAAAGCGUCGGGACAUUUCACCUCAACACAUGCAGAGGAAGAGAGCCUCGUCACUCUUCCCCUGAAGGCAAAGUAUUUCCUCCGCUGCCCGGUGUCGUCCCACCACGCUCAGUAUACCUGGCACCACCAUGGAAGCAGCACAUCGUGCAGCUGGAGCGAGCAGUGGUGCCUCUUCCUGGUCGACAGCAUGGGUCCCGAGCAGGAGGGAACGUACACGUGUGUGUCGGAGGAGAUGGGGUACAGGAGAGAGUUGGCGCAGCACGAGCUGCAGGUGAGCGGCGAGGCGGCGGGCCGCUGGCGGAGCCCGCUGGUCUGGCUUUGUCUGGCGGCGGCGCUGAUCCAGAGUUGGUGCUGAAAGAAGAGAACCAGGGCUACGAGCGACAGGUCCCAACUCCAGAUGUGUGAAUGGGGCCACAUGAUUACUAAAACGAGUCUUUUCUAUUUCAAUUUUAUUUUCAGCAAAUAUUUUGAAUUAAUGAACGAUGUAGUAUCAGUGUGAUUGCGUUAAUGAGCCAGCAUUGUUUUAGUCUCAAGCUUGCGUUAGUCUGUGCAUCAGCAGCGGGUGUAAAAGCUAAAACGUUAUUGAUUUUGUAUUUGUAUUUUUGUACUCAGGACUAUACACCAUUGUACAGCAUUCAGAAAUGUGUCCGUUAAUUCAACUUAAUCCACAGCGAGUUGUACAGCUCCAGAUAAACAGCCUUCGCCUUGGAUACAUGUAGAGUUGCCACUGGUAAGCAACGGUGUCCUUCUCAGAAUACCGGAUGAACUUGGGCGAGGCAGUGAGGAAACCACAAAGAGCCACGAGUCUCGCCAUACAUCACAAGCGCCCCUGAAAUAUUACCGUUUCCUUUGCUGAGAAAUUCUCUCCUGCGUACUACCUCGGCCUUGCCUAACAGUGUCAAGCAUUGGCCAUGUUCAUCUAGACUUUGCUUCCAGCACUUUAAUUACUGCAAUAAAUGUACGUAUUUAAUUCUUCGGCUUGAUAUCUUUGUGUUGCAAUACAAAGAUGUCACCAUCUUGUGUGUUCUGAUCUGCAAUGUUUGACUUUUAAUUUUCUCUCACUGAAGUGAUAAUUGUGCAUUGCUCCGUUUGGCUACACACAGCCAGUGCACUUCCUCAAACAUAACCCGGGAAACUGCUCCUCUACACCACAAAGGCGCCUCAUGGGCUUCUCACACAUCUUUCUACGGGUAAAAUAAAAAGGUUGUUUGUU